AUGGCCUCCUUACCCAAGCGUAUCAUUAAAGAGACUGAACGGCUGGUGAGCGAUCCAGUUCCAGGGAUCACUGCACAACCUCACGAGGAUAAUCUCAGAUACUUUCAAGUCACUAUCGAAGGACCCCAACAGUCACCAUAUGAAAGUGGUGUCUUUGAAUUAGAAUUAUUUUUGCCUGAUGAUUAUCCCAUGGAAGCCCCCAAGGUCAGGUUUCUGACCAAAAUAUACCAUCCAAACAUUGACAGACUUGGUCGCAUCUGUUUGGAUGUGUUGAAGACCAACUGGUCACCUGCUCUACAAAUUAGAACUGUUCUCUUGUCGAUUCAAGCGCUUUUGGCCAGCCCUAAUCCCAACGAUCCGCUUGCAAAUGAUGUCGCCGAAGACUGGAUCAAAAACGAGGAAGCUGCAAUUGAGAAAGCUCGCGAAUGGACCAGACUAUAUGCAAAACCCAAAUAA